GCCAAUCGCAGCGCUUCCAGGAAGCAAAAUAGGAGUCGGUUCAGGACGUCUCCGCGGACGGGAACAGCUGAUUACUGUUACGUGAGGACGCCCACUCGUGGUCUGCGCCUUAUCACUGUGCAUUUGAAGUAAACAGCAUUUUGCACUGACCAAUUAUGGCUCAAGGAAGAGCACUACAUUUUGUCUUUAAAAUCGGUGACAGAAAAGCAGCAGCAAAAUUUUACAGAGACAUACUGGGAAUGAGGGUAUUGCGACAUGAAGAGUUUGAGGAAGGAUGUAAGGCUACUUGUAAUGGGCCUUAUGAUGGUAAAUGGAGCAAAACAAUGAUUGGAUAUGGGCCAGAAGAUAACCACUUUGUGUGUGAACUUACCUACAACUAUGGAGUCUCAACCUAUGAAAAUGGUAAUGACUUCCUGGGUAUGUAUAUUCAGUCGUCUGAAGCAUUAACAAGAGCCGAGAAAGCAGGCUGGCCAAUUCAGAUAGAAGAACAACAAAGUGUGUUAGUGGCUCCUGAUGGUUAUAAGUUCUACAUUACAAAUAAACCACAGCCAACAGACAGGGAUCCAGUGCAGCAAGUGGUUUUAGCUAGUAGUAAACUAGAAGCUUCAGUUCAUUACUGGAGCAACUUAGCAGGAUUAACCAUCUAUGGAAAAGACAAUAAUGAAGCUACUUUUGGUUUUCAUGAAGACCAGGCAAAAUUAGUCCUUCGUGAUAUAGGUAUUCCUGUAAACCAUGCAAAGGCUUUUGGCCGCAUUGCAUUUGCUGUUCCUGGGGGUAGUCUUCUUGGAACUGAAGAAAAGAUGAAAGACGCAGGUCAGAAAAUCAUCACACCUUAUGUAUCUUUGGAUACUCCAGGGAAAGCAACAGUACAAGUUGUUAUUCUUGCAGAUCCUUCUUGUAAAAUUGCUCUUGGUACUGUAGCAGCCAUGACCCACAACCAGCACAACUCACACUCGGCAUACUUUGCAAGUUGGAUCAUGCCACAUCCAACAUUGGUCACCAGCAGGCACAUUUUGUGACUCACUGCUGAAUCCUGACUGGUUGACACCUGACACCUUCUUAUGGCUCAUGGAUUGGACUGCUCAAGAAGGCACCCUUUUUUCUGAUGUCCUGACACAGCUCCUGGCCUAAUUAAGGUCUUGGAUUCAGAAUGGAGAACAAGAAUCACACUUCAGACACACCUCACCUUAGCAGUAGCAACAUGUAACAGCCUGGUCUUUUGCCACCUGGGGAUCUUCCCCAGCUUCACCUACAGAAACCAACCAUUACAGUAGGAACCAACACCCACGUAAUUAUUCCAUAAAGAGAUAAGAUUGGUUAUAUAGUAGAAAUUCCCUAUCUACUACAAUGGACAACCUGGAGUGAAAUGUUUGGCUUAUCACUUACUCAGCUCACUCACUUCAGGGAGAGUACCUGUAACAGCCACAACCUGCUAUAGGCACAACAAAUGCUGCGCAGAUUGGUCAUGCUCACAACUCACUGCCAACUCUUGACUGGUUAACACCAAACACCUUCGCAUUCUAGGUCAAUCACUCAAGCAGGCUUCCAUCGGUCGAAUUCCUGAGUCAGCUCCUGGAUUAAUUAACCCGUUCUAUAUGGUGACACCGGUUUAAGUGUUAUGAAGUGCCAGUUGAAUAUACUGUGAUGCCAACAUUGGUGUUAUAAUUCCAUUUUAUUUUAGUUGCUGCUGAGUGAUCCCUGUUUUCUGUUCUGGCUGUAAUAGUAGAAAUACCCCAUCUACUACAGUACUAGAUAUUUUGAAGCAACUCCUUUCUAGAUUAUCAACAUCUGCUUUAGUAAACCUAGCUGAUCUGCUGGAGGUUGGAUAAAUAUGUAGUUGCUGGAGUCAAAUUAAAAAGUAAUAGUUAAUGCAUUCACAACUUGGGGUGAAAAAAUCUCAGGGGAGUUGAAUUUGAUUCCAAGGGGGAAAAACAUCCCUGUUUCCCGGGUAAAUCCAGGGAAAUCCAUGGUUAGGUAACAAUAUAUAAUUAUUUUUUUAUUUUCUGUGUAAAUUUUCCCCCUACUGUGCAUAUUGAAUUUAGAUUGGAGAUUUAUAAUAUUUUUACUC